AUGGCCCCGCCGGCGCCGCACCUCGCCGACGAGAUCCUAGAAGAGAUAUUCAUCCGCCUGCCGACCGCGGCCGCGAUCGCCCGCGCCUCCACCGCCUGCGCCUCCUUCCGCCGCAUCAUCACCGCGCGCCCCUUCCUCCGCCGCUUCCACAAACUCCAUCCGCCGCCACUCCUGGGGUUCAUCGCCGACAAAGUCCCUGGUGUCCCCGUGACGUCCGCGACGGCCGCGUCCUGCGGCGACUGCGGCCACCAGUUCGGAAUCAGUUCUGUCUUCACACGCCUGGCGGUGUGCGAUCCCUUGUCUCGGAGAUACGUGCUGCUCCCACCCAUACCUACAAAAGUGACAUUCCAGCAGGAGCGCCUUCUUGAAUUCGAGCCUAUGCUCGCUCCCAUUGGCGAUGAUGAGGACGAGACCUCGUUCAAGGUGAUCUGCACGGCGUACUACAAAAUCAAGCUGGUGGCGUUCGUCUUCUCUUCUGUCACCGGACAAUGGCAUAUCGCUGCAUCUCCCAGCUGGAGAUCUUUGGGCACAGUUGAGCCCUCUUGGAAACGGAUGUACCGUUUCAACUACCUGCGUGGCUGCUUCUACUGGACAUCUCUUUGGUGCGACAAGUUGAAUUUGCUCGUGCUGGACACGGGCACAAUGAAGUUUUCCACCGUCGAUGUUCUCGCUGACCAUCUGCAGCUUACAAAUCAGCCUCGACAGAGCGUGUGCAUGUCCACCGUCGUUGAGGGUACAGAAGGAGCCCUUGAGAUGUUUACUCUCGUGGGUAUUGAAGAACCUACCUCAUUUUAUCUCUAUCAUACCACUCAACAAAACAAUGGUGAAUCUUCCAGCGAGUGGCAGCAGAAAAAUGUUAUAGCGUUGCCUCGUGGAUGUCUUUAUUUCAUAGUGGGUGCAACUGAGGGAUUCUUAUUUCUUCGUUGUGUUGGAAGAGCUCAGUGGGAUGAUACUUUACACAGCGCGUUGGGCUUCGAUAAAGAUGUUGAAUUUUUUUCUCUGGAUGUCAAGACUUUUGAACUGAAGCAGGUCUGUAGAGCAACAUACUAUGAUUUCCCCAUUCGUGUUCACUCCUACUUUGGUUUCCCACCACCAUUGUCGAAACCAAGCCUAUGA